AUGUCUCAAUCGCAUCUUCAACGUCAGAAAGACGCCCAACAAGCUGAAGUUUAUGACAUGCAAAACAUGGAUGGCGAACGGCAGAGCAUACAGAGAGACAAGUGGCAUCACGGUCUAUGCGGCUGCUGCGCUUCCUGCGACCUGUGCCUAUUGGGAACCUUUUUGCCAUGCCUUCUUUAUGGCCAGACCUCGCACCGUAUUGAGGAGCCAUCCAUGUCACAUUACCACCAUGUCAACCGCGACUGUUUGUGGAUGAUGGGUAUCACCUAUCUCACCGGUUUUGGUUGGAUGAUUGUCAUGCGCGAGCGUUUUCAAAUACGCCAGCGAUACGGUAUUAAAGGCAGCGACGCAAGAGACUGUUGUGCAUCUUAUUGGUGCCUCUCCUCAGCUCUCGUGCAGCAUGAAAGAGAGGUAAUUGCUCGUCAGACUAGAAGACCAGAUACCCAAGGGUACCAGAAGCAGCCAGCCAUGAGAAUGGAUCCAACAAGGUAA